GGAGAGAAGUGACAGUGGAAGGGAAAAGGAAAAGAUAACGUUAGCUAAAGGUUGGCGGUCGUCUGUGACACAUAACGUUUCGCUUGACCUUUACCAGGACAAAGAGGAAUCCACGAAGCCGAUGACUUAGUUUGCUGACUGUUUUUUCCAGGUCAAGUCAGAUAUUUUAUGAUAAAAGCUUGUUAGCUCAACAAAUUAACUAGCUAGCUAGCUGAAUAGCUAGACAGCUAGUAAUGGAGAGGCAAGCGGUUGUGCUGCUGCUAAAGUGUGGGGGAAACUGAAUAACCAUGGCCGAUUCAAGUACCAGAGGGAUGGAAAAGGGUAGGGGAAGGAUUACAUCUGAUUCCACUCUGAGAGGCGUCUAUCCUCAGCAGUAUCUUCAUCCGGCCACACAAGGCAUAGAGAUUCAGGAGCUCGCUUCCAAGCGCGUCGACAUUCAGAAGAAGAGGUUUUAUCUUGAUGUGAAACAGAGCGCAAGGGGCCGAUUCCUCAAAAUUGCUGAGGUAUGGAUUGGAAGAGGCAGACAUGAUAACAUCAGGAAGAGCAAACUGACGCUCUCCAUGUCAAUGGCUCCCGAUCUGAGGUAUUGCCUGGGAGACUUCAUCGAUUAUUACGCUCACAUCGGGUUGCGGGGAGCCCAGGUACCACGGGCAGACGAGCAAAGCAACGGCCAAGGCCGCCCGCACGAAACCCGCAGGAGGCAGCAAGAUCAUCACCAUCAAGCAGCACCAAACUCUCCUACCGGCUCCGUCGCGUCGGAGGAGCAUACCCAUCGUGUACUGAAGAGUGAAUUUAUCGAGAGAGAUAACAGAAAGUACUAUUUAGACUUGAAGGAAAAUCAGCGCGGCAGGUUCCUCCGCAUUAGACAGACGGUCAGCCGAGGACACGGUACCAUGGGAUAUUACGGUCAGGGCAUUGAGCAAACCAUCGUGUUGCCAGCGCAAGGGCUAAUUGAGUUCAGAGAUGCGCUAUCGCAACUGAUUGAAGACUACGGCGAUGAAGAAACGGACGACCGGGCCAGGGGCAGCAGGAAUCACGACGAAUCUCCGGAGCUUCCCGAGGCUGUAUCUUUCCGAGUGGACAACAAGAGGUUUUAUUUCGACGCGGGUUCCAACAGGUACGGUGUCUUCUUAAAAAUAAGCGAGGUACGGCAGCCAUACAGAAACACAAUCACUGUGCCCCUAAAGGCCUGGGCCAGAUUUGGGGAUAACUUCAUCAGGUACGAGGAGGAGAUGCGGCGCAUUUUCACCUGUCACAAGGAGAAGAGGGCACAGCCCCGCGCGGACAGUGAAGAUCAAGAGGAUUGACGACGGUAAAAAUUGUGACGAGAGGGUUUACUUCGAGAUCCAACAGAAGUAAAAAGCUAAAUGUGACAAUAGCAUAGUUUGUUAAAAAGUUUUGUUUUCUAAUAAUGUACCUCUAAAAUAAUGUACUGUAUGACUCUAGUCAACUAGCACUUUCAAAUUAAUAACUGUUGUUCCUGUUUCAUUCAUCAACUUUUACGCCAUAAAUCGCAGAUUCGUUCCGAAUGAAGGAAAGGAGAAUAUGAGUAGUUCGUUUUUGCACAAAGAAAAUUAUAUAGAGAUGUGGUGAUUUAAGUGUGUAUUUUAUUUAUACGUAACCAUUGCAUCAAGAUUGGAACAAUCAUGAAAUUACAGUUCUGAUGCGUGAAGAGUUGCGUCUUGUGAAUCGUUACAUUUGGAUAUAGCCAGACAGGUCAACGGGAAAAUGCAGAUAUGUAUAUUUAAG